GAAAAAAGAAGGGACAAAGUGAGCGUCACGAGAGGGCGGGCCGCCACCUGUGACGGAGGACGAGUGGAACCAGAGUCCCGCUGUCAGUGCUGUGAGGCGUUCACUGAGUGUGUUUGAGAGUGUGUUUCUGCGGCUAAAGUCCACCUGGAUUAUUUUGAGCUCAGUGUCUUUCUCUUCGAAGAAUUUGAACACGAUUCAGGUUCCUUUGGUCCUGUCCACAGCACUGUGAGGGAGGUUGCCAGUGCCAGCAAGUGUGUGUGCAUGUGUGUGUGUGGGAGUGAGUCGUAGGUUGAAUAUGUUUGUGUGAGAGCCUUUGAGUUGGAACACCGUGGUCGGAAAGCGUGUCCCAUGAGACGCUGGACGGAGAUGCGGGGGGCUGGAUCCUCUGCGAUGCGCCUCCUGCUGCUGAGCUGCUGUGUGUGUGCUGCAGCGGGGUACCCGUUCAGAACGCCUCUGGACCUGGAUGUGACUCCACGCGUCACCGUGUUGCGGAGCGGUCUCCAGGGCUGCAGGCGUUUCCAGUUGUCUGCAUCCAACUACAGCACCAUGUUGCUGGAGGCUGACGGUGAGCGUCUCUACGUCGGGGCCCGGGGGGCUGUAUUCGCUCUGAAUGCCUCUGACAUUUCAUCCAGCUCUGCUCUCACUAUUGAGUGGGAAGCCUCCCCCGAACAAAAACGUCAGUGUCUGCUCAAGGGAAAAGACAAUAAGACGGAGUGUUUUAAUCACAUUCGCUUCCUCCAGAGGUUCAACUCCACUCAUCUCUACAUGUGUGGGACGAAUGCCUUCAGACCCCUCUGUGCUUACAUAGACGAGAAGAGGUUUGUGAUGCCCUCUCAGCCUGAGGAAGGCAGAGACAAAUGUCCAUACGGCCCGACAACAGGCUACACUGCUCUCAUCAUUGACCAGCAGAUGUAUACAGCUUCCCAGUACGAAUUUAGGAGCUUUCCAGAUAUACGGCACUUCUCUCCGUCCCCCACACUGAAGACAGAGGACGCCCCCACACGCUGGCUUAAUGAGGCCGACUUUGUGGGCUCGGCGCUGGUGAGGGAGAGCUUGAGCAGCAGCACGGGGGAUGAUGAUAAGAUCUACUACUUCUUCACGGAGAAGAGCCAGGAGCAGACGACGACCUACAGCCACAGCAGGGUGGCCCGAGUGGCUCGAGUUUGUAAGGGGGACCGGGGAGGCCGUUUAACUCUCCAGAAACGGUGGACGUCCUUCCUCAAAGCCAGGCUGACUUGUUCCCUGCCCGAGUACGACUUCCACUUCAACAUGCUGCGCAGCGUGUUUGUCAUGCCUGGCCGCACGCCGCAGGACACGCUUUUCUACGGCAUUUUUGGCCUGGAGUGGAAAAACGUGAAGGCAUCUGCGGUGUGUCGGUUUUCUCUGACUGAAGUCCAAGAGGCCUUUCAAGGACCUUACAUGGAGAACCAGGACUCUGGCUCUAAGUGGAAGGAAUACACUGGAAAGAUCCCUGACCCUCGACCUGGAUCGUGUAUAACUGAUUCUCUGAGGGCCAGGGACAUAAACGUCUCCACCUCCCUGCCUGAUGAUGUGCUGAACUUCGUCAGGAGGCAUCCUCUGAUGUCCCAGCAGGUCCAGCCUUCAGACAGACGGCCUCUUUUGUUCCGGCGGACCACAGACUACACACACAUGGCCGUACACAUGAUCCAAGGCGUAGAUGAAAACACAUACCAUGUAUUGUACAUGGGCACAGAUGAAGGCUGGUUACAUAAAGCUGUCGAAAUCGAGGGUCAGCUUCACAUUAUAGAGGAGCUUCAAAUAUUUGAAGAACCCCAACCUGUGAACAACUUGCUGCUGUCUGAAAAACAGAUGAGUGUUUACGUGGGCUCUCCAACCGGCGUGGUGCAGCUUCCUCUCUCUAACUGUCAAAGAUACACCUCCUGCUACGACUGCGUGUUUGCCAGGGACCCUCACUGUGCCUGGAGCGGAGCCCAGUGUGUGGACGUAAUGGCACAAACAAACAGAUCCACUUUAAUCCAGGAUAUCCAGAAGGGCAGCAGAGGUUGUGAAAACACACAAGACGACAUUGUGGUGCGCGGCCGCUCUGUGCGUGUGGGCGAUGACGUGCUGCUGCAGUGUGAGCUCAGCUCCAACCUGGCGACACCGCUCUGGACUCUGGACGGCAGCGAGCUGCAGGGCUACGGUCUCCACUCUGGAUUCAGAACCGGCACCGACGGCCUGCUGAUCAUCGAGGCCCGGCGGCACCAGAGCGGCUUGUACACCUGCUACGCCGUCGAGAACAGAAUCAAGGUCGCUCUGGUUGCCUACAAUGUCACCAUCCGCCUGGAUCUUCCCCCUCCUCCACCUGUUGCACCAACUCAAGACACUUACAGUUUCUUCGCCACUCUGCCCGGACCCACUGAGCAUCCCUUCACUGAGAGACCCCUCCCACCCAACCCGGCCCCUCUCCUCCCCCACUCAGAUCUGCUCUCCCCCCGCAAUAUGGAGGCCAUGUAUCUAUCCCUCAUCACCAUCCUCGGGGGCCUGUGUGUGGUCCUCACCGUGGUCCUUGUCUACGUUGGCUUCUGCCUGCGUGUGGGCAACCAAGGGAAGUACUCUCUACGAGCCGCAGCUUCUGCCUACCCCAACAAUAAGAAGCAACACAGGAACAGGAAACAGCACAGAAACUCUGCCCACAUGGAGCUGAAGACCAUCUCAAGCCACUGUAACGGCAACGGCAUUUGUAAUGGCGGUUCAAAGCAGCACAACGGUGACAUCCAGGACGGUGGCUUCCUGCAGAUCGUCCCCGGUGAGGCCCAUUUAACACCCAAUAAGGAGCCUCCUCCCCCGGCCCCGCCUCUCCCACCCACCCCACAACAUCCCUCUCCAGAGUGA